AUGACCAAGGAAGACUCUUAUAGGGAAGAAUUUAAUUAUGACAGGAUGCCAACUUUGGAGCGAGGAAAACAAGAGAAAGGAAAUUAUGUUCCAGAUAUUAAAUCAAGUGACCUUCAGCUUUCAAAGAGGUUUCAUCCUUGCUUUAUUUAUAGAGCAUGGAUCUAUUCUUUGCUGAUGGGGACUUGCAUACUCGUUACCUCUGGAUUUUCACUUUAUUUGGGGAAUGUUUUUCCAUCUGAAAUGGAUUACUUGCGCUGUGCAGCAGGUUCAUGUAUACCCUCUGCAGCUGUGAGUUUUGCCAUAGCCAGAAACAAAGUUAAUGUGAUACCCAAUUUUCAGAUUCUGUUUGUUUCUACAUUUGCUAUUACGACAACAUGCUUAGUUUGGUUUGGAUGCAAACUAGUCCUGAAUCCUACAGCAAUAAAUAUAAAUUUCAACCUGAUUCUCUUAAUUCUACUGGAAAUUUUCAUGGCAACUACUGUAAUAAUUUCUGCUAGGUCAAAUGAGGAAUGCUGCAGGAGAAAGAAAACAACUGUGUAUGAUAGUACCAGUACACUGAAUAAUGUCAGCUUUCCAACACGAAUCCUAAGAUCUUAUUCAGUAAUUGAAGUGAUUAUUGGAAUUUCUGCUGUGUUUGGUGGAAUCAUUGCUUUGAAUAUGGAUGUGCUUGUCUCAGGCUCAUAUCUUUCAGUAACUUUUUUUUGGAUCUUAGUGGCUUGUUUUCCCAGUGCCAUUGCAAGCCACGUUGCUGCUGAAUAUCCAAGUAAAUGCUUGGUAGAAGUCCUGAUUGCCAUAAGCAGUGUGACAUCACCAUUAUUAUUCACAGCUUCAGGAUAUUUGUCUUUCAGUAUAAUGCUUAUUGUUGACAUCUUUAGAAACUACCCACCAACUGUUAAACAGUCUUAUGAUGUGCUCCUCCUGCUUCUAAUGCUGAUGCUGUUAGUACAAGCCUUCCUGACCACUGGUACUGUCAUAAUGUGUGUAAAUUUCAAAGCAAAAAUGAAAAUGCAUGACUCCUUGUGGUCUGUGUCACAAAUCAACAAACAAGAGUACAAAACAGAGGUUUCCAAUAACAGCAUGAAGGAUUUUGACAAAGAGAAGGCUUGGAAAGCUGUGGUAGUGCAGAUGGCCCAGUAAUCUGCACUAAGAAAUUGAGCUGGAAGUUACAGCAUAUUAACCUUUGCAUUUGAUCAGUCAUGAAGCAGCUUACAUUAGAGCAGCACUAGCAACUGCAUUACGCUGGUUUGAAAAUGGCAGAAUCUAGAAGAGCUUUAACAGCAGGCGAUUAUACCUCCCUUUCAAAGUAAUAUGGCUUGUUUCAGUAAAGUGUGCUUUUGAUUGUUGUUCAUUAACCUGUUAAUCACAGUGUUUUUAUUUGCAAAGAGACUCAAGCAGUGACAUUGUUGAUUAGAAAUUUAGACCAUUUCAACAGUUAAAUGUGUUUAACUGUGUGGUAGUUCUUUGUUAUUAUGAGAGACUAAACUAAUUGUUGGCGUUUUGUUGUCGAUGUUACAGUUUAAAGAAAUUUGUAAAGUUAU